CCGCUCCUCCCUCGGCACACGGGCAGCCAGCGGCCGGCCCGGCCCGCUUGCCCUGCCCGCCACGGCGCCGCUUCGCUCCCAGGUUCGGCACAUACUGUGCGAAAAGCACGGCAAAGCCAUGGAGGCCAUGGAGAAGCUGAAGUCCGGCCUGCGCUUCAGCGAAGUCGCCUCGCAGUACAGCGAGGACAAAGCCAGGCAAGGGGGAGACUUGGGCUGGAUGACCAGAGGCUCCAUGGUGGGACCUUUCCAGGAAGCAGCAUUCGCCUUGCCCGUGAGCAGCAUGGACAAGCCAGUGUAUACAGACCCACCUGUCAAAACAAAGUUCGGGUACCACAUUAUCAUGGUGGAAGGCAGAAAAUAAAAUGUGAAUGACCAUGA